AUGGUCGAUUCUACAACUAGACCAUGGUGGGAAAAAUGGGAUCCUAAUAAUGUGACUCUUGCAGAUCCAAAUGUCGAUGAUAGUUGGAAGUAUUGCGUUUUACAAGGUGUCUACUGGGGGUCUCCUGAAGACAACGGUGUUACAGGUGCAAGAAUAUCAUCAAUCUUUGUCAUUUUCAUUACUAGUACUGCAUUAUCGCUCUUCCCGGUGGUCGCUCAAAAAGUGCCAUGGUUAAGAAUUCACAGGUACGUUUAUCAAUUUGCCCGUAGUUUUGGUACUGGUGUCAUUGUUAGUACUUCAUAUAUCCAUUUAAUGGAUCCUGCAUAUCAAGAAAUCGGUGGUUAUUCAUGCAUUGCACAAACAGGUAACUGGUCUAUUUAUUCAUGGUGUCCAGCCAUUAUGUUAACGACAGUCUUUGCUACAUUUUUAGUUGACCUUUUCAGCGCAGUUUAUGUGGAGAGAAAGUAUGGUGUUGUUCAUGAGGAAAACGGCGAUGAAGUGGCAAAUGCUAUUACACAUGCUGCCAAAAAAUCAAAUCAAUCGCCUGUAGAUAAUAAUCAAAUGGAGUUAGAAUCAUUGCCAAAUAGUGGAAAUCCCUAUUCUGGAGUACAAACAAUGGAUAACAACGAUGAAAAAAUUUCAACCGAUACUCAAUCCUAUGCGUUAUCAGAAUCUUCCAGAUCUGAAAAUGAGCAAGAUGUGGAAAGAAGAUUCAGAGCUGAUCUAGGUGCUUUCAUGGUUCUAGAGGCGGGUCUUCUGUUUCAUUCAGUAAUGAUCGGUUUAAAUCUGGGAACCAUUGGUGACGAGUUUUCUACUCUUUACGCAGUACUCGUAUUCCAUCAAUCUUUUGAAGGUCUUGGUAUCGGUGCUCGUUUAUGUGCUAUCACUUUCCCACGCGACAAGUGGUGGUGGCCGUAUGCACUAUGCUUAGCGUAUGGUUUAACGACACCAAUUUGCGUUGCCAUCGGUCUUGGUGUAAGAAAGAGUUAUUCUAGUAAUUCAUACUCCGUCAAUGUUGUUUCCGGUAUAUUGGAUUCCAUUUCCGCCGGUAUUUUAAUGUACACCGGUUUAGUGGAGCUAUUAGCAAGAGACUACAUGUUUAAUGCACACCGAACAAAAGAUUUAAGAGAACUAUUCUUUAACGUGGCAUCUAUUUUGACAGGUGCAGGUCUAAUGGCAUUAUUGGGUAAAUGGGCAUAA